AUAUAAAUGGAGUUCGAUCAAUUGAAAAAGGUCUUUCUACAUUUGGGAAAGAAAGUCGCUUUCAAAGUUGGUGCUGUUUAGCUUGCAAACUUCAUUUACUAUCAGAUUGGUUUAAAUUAUUAAGUCAAUGCAGUGAUGCAUGUCUACAACAAUUCUAUGAUCCAUUAAAUAAUUGUUUCCGACAAGAGAAACUUACUCAAUUUAUUAUCAAUAUUUUAGAGUCUGUUAAAGAUUUUGAUUUCGCUCAUUUGGAACCGGCAUUACUCAAAAGACUUGCUGGUGUUUAA